CCAAAAAGUAAUUAAUAAUUUUAACGGAAUCAAAUGGCUUUAGAUGAAACAUGGGUGUUGUCUUGUGCAUUCUUCUCUGUCCUAGGACUACUAGGAUAUUCAAUGAUAGCUGCCGGAGCUGUCAGAUACAAAUCAGUACAAUCGGCUAUUAUAACAAUUUUAUUGGGUGGAAUCUUAACAAUUCUUGCUUUCUACAUUACUGGCUAUGCAUUUGCAUUUGGAUAGGAUUCAAACAAAUUCAUUGGAAAAUCAUUAUUUGCCGCUGCAUCAUUUGAAUCAACACCAAACAGAAAUGAUUAUGACAACUUUGUUUUCCACACAAUAGCUGCCAUUUUCGUUACUUCAAUCUUCGCUUUUGGAACAUUGGAGAGAUCAAGAUUCUUCUCAUUCAGUUUUGGGGUGAUCAUUUUACAAGGACUCUUGUAUCCAAUAGUUGUGCAUUGGACUUUUGGAAAGGGAUGGUUGAGUACAUUCGGAUUCCAAGACUUUGGAGGCAGCUCAGUAAUCCACGCAUUUGGAGGUGUUACUGCUUUGGUGGCAUCAUUAUUAUUACAAGAGCGUAGAGAUCAAAAUGGAAAAAUUCAUCCAGGAAUCUUCCCACAUCAUGCUCCAUUCUUCGUCGGAAUCGGUACAAUCUUACUUGUUGUUGUAUAAAUCAUCUUCCUCUCUGGAUUGAAUAGAGGAUCAGCAACUUAUGUCAAGGGAUUAGUUCCUGUGAACACUUUGUUGGCUGCAUCAUUUGGUGGAUUGAGUAGUUAUGUCUCAUACUAUUUGAAGAAAGAAAAAACCAGUUUAAUCACAAUUGCUAGAGGUGCUCUUGCAGGAGUAGUGGCAGUCAGUGCAAGUGUUGAUGAUAUCUAAUUAUGGGCAGCUGCCUUCAUCGGAACUUUGGCUGGAAUCUCAUAUCUUGUCGUAUAAUUAAUAGUUAAAAGAUCUCAUGUAGAUGAUCCAGGAUAAGCAGUUGGUGCUCAUCUCGUUCCAGGAAUCCUUGGAACCCUAUUAUAUGGUAUAUUGUCAAGAUCACAUGGAUUGUUUUAUGGCAACAAUCUAAAAUAGUUUGGAAUCUAAAUUGUAGGAGUACUCUCUAUUGCUGGAUGGGCUCUCCUCAUUUUAGCAGUAUUGGUACCAUUGAAAGGUUUUGGAAUCUUCAAGAUUAAACCUGAAUAGGAAUCCUUGGGAAUCGAUUAAAGCUAUGCUGGUGGUGAGGCUUAUGUUUUCAGUGACUAAACUGUAGAAACAAAAUCAUUAUUGAACUCAUAAAAGAAAUCCAUAUUCCAUUGAUACAUCGAAUAAUUAUACAUAAAUAUA